AUGACUUCAUCCCAAUUCAGCUCAACAGAGACACUCAGAAACCCCGGGUCUUCUGAGAACUCUGCCACCUCAAGCCCUAAUCUCAAACCCCACGAGAAGAAGGAUAUUUCCUUACCAUCAACACCAGCAGAGUCAAUACUCAACCUCGAAAGUCAGACUAAACCGGAACCACCAUAUCAUGUGUUCUCUCGACCUCGCAAGUUGUUGAUAGUCUGCAUCGUCUCCUUCGCUGCCAUCUUCUCCCCUUUAUCUUCAAACAUCUACUUCCCGGCAAUUGCAGAAAUUUCACAUGAACUUGGCGUCUCUGUUUCCCUGGCUACAUUGACGGUAACGAUAUACAUGAUCGUUCAGGGUAUUGCCCCGAGCUUUUGGGGCUCAUUCUCCGAUGUUCUAGGACGUCGCAUUAUAUUCGUCGGAACAUUUGUCGUAUACAUUAUAUCCAAUAUUCUUUUGGCUAUCACUACCAACUAUGGCGAGCUCAUGGCUUUCCGAGCUCUGCAGGCUGCUGGAAGUGCAGCCACCAUCUCGAUUGGUGCCGGUGUUAUUGGAGAUAUCACUACCUCAGCGGAGCGAGGAAGUCUAAUUGGAAUCUUUGGUGGUGUCCGCAUGUUAGGUCAAGGAAUCGGACCAGUCUUCGGUGGAAUUCUAACCAACUAUCUCGGCUUCCGAUCAAUCUUCUGGUGCCUAGUCAUUGCCUCCGGAAUCAGUCUACUCUCCAUCAUGUUCUUCCUCCCCGAAACCCUCCGCCCCAUCGCCGGCAACGGAACCGUCCCCCUAAAAGGAAUCUACAAGCCCUGGAUCUACUCGGUCGUCGGCCAAAAAGACGCAAAAGAAAAUUCCACACCAACCGAAAAGAACACCAAAGUUACCUUCAAAACCGUGCUCGCGCCCCUCACCUUCCUCUCCGAAAAAGACGUCUUCAUCACCCUCUUCUUCGGCAGCAUCGUCUACACAGUCUGGUCAAUGGUAACGUCCUCCACAUCCGCCCUGUUCGAGGACAAAUACGGCCUGGACUCAAUGGAAGUUGGCCUGACCUUCCUCGGCAACGGCAUCGGCUGCAUGACUGGCUCCUACACAAUCGGCUACCUAAUGGACUACAACCACAAGCUGACAGAACGUGAAUAUUGCCAGCAACACAAUCUCCCAGUCGAUACACGCGUCAACUUAAAAUCUCACCCGGACUUCCCAAUUGAGUAUGCGCGCAUGCGCAAUACUUGGUGGAUCACUGCUAUCUUCGUUGUCUGUGUUGCUGUAUAUGGAGUCUCACUCCAGACGCAUCUGGCUGUUCCGAUUAUUCUGCAGUUUAUCAUUGCCUAUGGCUCCACUGCUAUUUUUACUAUCAACAGCGCGCUGGUCAUCGAUCUCUACCCCGGUGCCAGUGCUAGCGCAACGGCUGUGAACAACCUGAUGAGGUGUCUAAUUGGUGCUGCUGGUGUUGCCGCUGUUCAGCCUAUCAUUGACGCUCUUACUGCUGAGUUUGCAUUUGUUCUGCUUGCUGGGAUUACCAUUGCUAUGGUUCCUCUUCUUAUGGUUGAGAUGAAGUGGGGAUAUAAGUGGCGUCUUGAGCGGUAUGAGCGUUUACAAAGAAGUGCAGAUCGGGUUGAUAGUUAG